GGAGCCCUCGCACCCGCCCGCGCGGGUGGUGACCCCCCCCCCCGGCAGCUGGCGGGCGCGGCCACGACGGGGUUAAGGCUCCGGGCUGGGGGAGGGGGAAGGGGCCGGGAGCGGCGGGUGCGGAGCCAAUCGGCGGCCACCCAGUCCCCGGAGCCGGGAGCCGAGAGCGCUGAGCCGGGAGCCGGGAGCCGGGAGCCGAGCGCGCCGGGCUGGGGCCGGGGCCGGAGCGCAGCGGAGAGGGGCGCGCGCCCUCCCCAGCCCCGAGUCCCGCCGCCUUCCCGCCCCCCGCCGCAGCGCGGGCGCCGCGGCCGCCGCCCCAAGCCAUGGAGCAAGACAACAGUCCCCGCAAGAUCCAGUUCACGGUCCCGCUGCUGGAGCCGCACCUUGAUCCCGAGGCGGCGGAGCAGAUUCGGAGGCGUCGCCCCACCCCGGCCACCCUCGUGCUGACCAGUGACCAGUCUUCCCCAGAGGUGGAUGAAGACCGGAUUCCCAACCCACUUCUCAAGUCCACCCUGGCUAUGUCUCCACGGCAACGGAAGAAGAUGACAAGGACCACUCCCACGAUGAAAGAGCUGCACAUGAUGGUUGAACAGCACCUGGGGCAGCAGCAGCAAGGAGAGGAGCCCGACGAAGCCGGCGAGAGUACAGGGAGCCAGGAGUGCUGCCCACCAGGGACCACGGGCACGGGAGCGGACUCCAGGCUGGGCUCCUCUGGCACAGCACAGAAGCCUGCACAGCCCAGCCCCAGAGCUCAGGAGAGGCGCAGUGAGGAAGCUGGCACAGGGGACCCUGCCACCCUGAAGUCACCGGACUGCCAGGGAGCCAGCGCGGUCUGAGAGAGAAGGAGGAGGUAUCCUAGAUGGAGACCACAGUUGGGGCAUGCACGGACACUGGAUUUGUUUCUUACUUCCUCACUUUUUGGAAAAAAACAUCUCGUUUUUAAAAAGUGAUAAAUUUGGUGUUAGAUCGUUGGCACUUUA